AUGGCAAGUCUGCUCACCAUGUGGCAGUCGCCUAAUUCCUUAGACGAAGAACGAGAUGCUAAACGUCAGCGGACGAGCUCUCCAACAUCUGCAUUCGCUGAGGACGACGAUACAGCCGCAUACAUUGAAGAUUUUCAGCUGCUUCUAUUUGAGGUUUCAAUUUCUGCGGCGGAGAAUUCAAGAUAUGGUGAGGUUGUCGUUGAAGAACUGGAAGUCCCUGAAGACUCACCAGAUAUGAGUCAAUGGCUAUUCUUGUUCGGAUUGACGGAGCACCGUACCAUGAAACUGGCAGCUCUCGCCACUGAUCCACCGACGCCGAUGCCUUCGAAGUAG